CGACGGUAAAUCGCGCAUGCGCAGUUUCCCCUCCCUCUUUUGGCUUCGCACCUCUUCUGCUAAAAUGGCCAAGCGCACCAAGAAGGUGGGAAUUGUGGGGAAAUACGGCACCCGUUAUGGUGCUUCCCUCAGGAAGAUGGUGAAAAAAAUUGAGAUCAGCCAGCAUUCUAAGUACACCUGCUCCUUCUGCGGCAAGACUAAGAUGAAGAGACGGGCUGUUGGCAUCUGGCACUGUGGAUCCUGCAUGAAGACUGUAGCUGGAGGUGCCUGGACGUACAACACAACAUCUGCUGUCACAGUCAAGUCCGCCAUCAAGAGACUGAAGGAGAUGAAGGACCAGUAGGCUGGGACUUAGUUUUUGUACAGAUUAAAACCUCCAUGUCUUGGACUCUGUUUUUCUGUGUGGCCCAUUGAACAUCCCACAAUAAAUUCAUGAGUCUUGAGCAGGA